CCCUCUCCUCCUCCUCCUUCUUUUCCCUCCCAAUCCUCACCGCCAUGCACCGCAGGCUCUCCGCCGCCGUCUUAUUCUCCCUCGCCGCCCUCUUCCUUUUCGCCUGCUUCUCCCUCCACCUCUCCCGCUCGUCCAUCUCCCACUCCGACCUCGUCUCCCACUACCCCAUCCCCUCCCCCGCCGCCGAUCACCACCUCAUCAGCGAGCUCCAACCUCUUCCCCUCCGCCACGUCACCACCUCAUCCAUCUCCUCCGUCGCCGUGCUUCUACCCGCCUGGGAGGUCCUCGUUAUUGUCUCGCCGGAGACUCCGCUCUCCGGCGGCCUCGACGGUUAUGCCUGCGUUUUCAAGGACAACUCCACCUCCGACGCUAGAUUCGCCGGGAUUCUGCCGUCGAUGAACCGGACGGCGUUCUAUUGCACGAUGCCGAGGAGAGCCAAGCGGCGCCGGCCGUUUCUCCAGCCGGCGCUGUCCACGAGGUCACGGAUCAUCAGCAAGGACCUUCCGGAGACGACGGCGGGGCCGGAGCUCAUCCGGUGGACUCUCCUCGUCUACGAGUCGUUCUCCACAGAAACCGACGUCGUUCUCUUCGCGAAAGGCCUCAACAACCGUCCCGGCGUCAAUCGCCCUCCGAGCGAGUUCCGGUGCGUCUUCGGCGGUGGCGAUAACGCCGUCAGAACCGCCGUCACGAGCUCCUUUCAGGAGGUCUUCCGCUGCCCACACCCGGACUCCACGGCGUUAAACGGUCCCGUCAACGUUUCACUGGAAAUCGUCAACAAGACUAAUCUGGUUGUCCCCUCCGUCGCUUACUACACCGCCACCCCAAAACGACGAUGGAUUAGCAGCAGCGAUAAUGCGGGCCCCACCCAAUCCCCGAGUCACGAGCUGUGCGCGUGCACGAUGGUCUACAACGUGGCGAAGGUACUGAGGGAGUGGGUGACGUACCAUUCCCAAAUCGGAGUCGACCGGUUUUUUCUCUACGACAACGACAGCGACGACGAUUUGGAAGAGGUGGUGCGGCAGCUCAACCGGGAAGGGUUCAAUAUUACGACGACGUUUUGGAUUUGGCCCAAGACGCAAGAGGCUGGGUUCUCCCACGCUGCCGUGUACGGCAAGGCGUUGUGCAAAUGGAUGAUGUACAUUGACGUCGACGAGUUCGUUUUCGCCCCUAAUGCAUGGAGCGAGGCGCUGGCGCCGGAUAGGCACAUGCUCAAGUCUCUGAUACCGAAGGGGCCCGAUAUCGGGCAAGUUUCGAUUCAGUGCAAUGAGUUUGGCCCGUCGAACCAGAGAACGCACCCAUUGGAAGGUGUCACGCUGGGGUACACAUGCCGGAGGCGGUUGUUGCGGUUGCGGCACAAGUCGAUUGUGCUGCUCGAGGCCGUUGAGCACUCGCUGCUCAAUGUGAUACACCAUUUUGAGAUAAAGAAGGAGUUUAGGUCAAUGCAACUGAGCACGGAAGAUGCUAUAGUGAACCAUUAUAAGUACCAAGCUUGGCCGGAGUUUCGGACCAAGUUCCGGAGAAGGGUGUCGGCUUAUGUGGUGGAUUGGACUGAUGCGCUUAAUCCAAUGUCUAAUGAUAGGGCUCCCGGACUAGGGUUUCAGCCCGUUGAGCCGAAAGGGUGGGCGGACAUGUUUUGUGAGGUUAGGGAUGAUAGGUUGAAGAUGUUGACGAAGAAAUGGUUUGGUUCUUCUACUAGCAGUAAGAUGGUGUGGCAAAGUUGAAUACGAUCUGUUGCCAUAAUACAGGUGAGGUGAUGAGAAGGGAAUUCUUUCACCUCGGAAAGACAAUGAACUGACUUUGAAUGAGAGAGAAAUCGAAUUCCGGGGAU